CCUGAUUCACUGCUGGGAACAAAUAUAGUCAACACUGUAUAAAACCAAGACUUUAACCAAACACAGGGGGGGAUUCUGCUGUGCCUUGCAGUGCUGUAAAGAUGAACUUGGUACUUGGUGCUCAGGUACUCCUGAUUCUCACUGUGCUGGCUGAAUGCCGCUACCAAAAAAGAGGCACCAACUCGUGCCCAGAUCUGUGCUCCUGUUCGGGUGUAGAGGUGGUGUGUAGCCAAGGUUCCCUCACCCAUUUCCCUGCGGAUGGUUUGCCCUCCAACACCACUCGACUGUCCAUCCAAUCCACCAAGCUCAGCAAUAUCACAGCCGGCCAUCUGAGUCUCGUGCCCCUUUUGAGCAACCUCCAGCUGUAUCACAACAACCUGUCGAGCCUCCCUGCAGAUCUACUGAAGCACGUUCCUCACUUGAGCACCUUGGAUCUGACGGGAAAUCGGCUGGUCCAUCUCCCUGCCAACAUCUUCAGCCGUGCCUCGCUUCGCAGUCUAGUGCUGAAGAGCAACCUGAUCACAAAAGCAGAGGCCGAGUGGUUUCCUGACAACAGCAGCCUCACCUGGCUGGACAUGUCUGGAAACCGCUUAGCAGGCGUACCCGCUGCUCUGCUUCACAGACUGCCAGAUCUGGAGACUCUAGACUUGAGUGACAACAACCUGCAAGACCUUCAGCCUGACGCCUUGAAGAACCUGCCCCACCUGGCGACACUGAAUCUCGCCGGGAACAAACUAACCUCCCUGAGACCUGCAACCUUCGCCCACAACCUGAAACUGUCCCAGCUGUUUCUUCAGCAGAAUCGUCUCCGAGAGCUGCCAGCGACCCUCCUCCGGGGUCUCCAGCGUCUUGAACUUCUGCUGCUGGAUCAGAAUCAGCUGCAGCAUCUGCCCUCAGGGCUGCUGGACGGCAGGAAGUCCUCUUUCAGCGUGAUCUUAACAGGAAACCCCUGGGUGUGCGAUGAGAAGAUGGAGUACCUGUGGAAUUGGCUCUCCGCCCAUCGUCAAAACGUCUUCUUUUUGGAGGAGGUGACGUGUGAAGUGCCUGAAGCUCUUCAACUGCGACAAGUGGUCUCACUGACUGGCAGUGAGCUCGGACUUGACAAGAUCAAAAAUGAGCAAUGAGGAGGUGGUAUGGUGGAGUGGAUAUUUUCCUUUUACCCUCUAAAUUUCCACUGAAACCUCCUGCCGAAGAGUAAAUGAUUCACAUAUAACUGACUGUGUCAAAGGCUGAAAUAAAACUUCAUGAUUCAUUCUUUCACCCGGCGCUGCUUCCUUACGAUCUCUCCAUUGUUUUUGGACGUUGUCCGGCCCACUGGGUGGCUUAAGAUACUCAAUUCAUUAUCCAAAGCCAAUGAGCCAUGAGCAAUGAGUGCAGGUCAUUAAAGAGCUAAUUUACUCAAAACAUCCCGGACAAAAAUGUUUUACAGCGAACCUCAAUGCUAUCUGAUUAAUUACGAUGUAUGCUUUUUCCUAUAAGGGACAUUAUCUCAAGUUAAAUGAGUGGAAUUCAAUGUGCAGUCAAACUGAAUGAGGAUCACCAAAGAACAAAGUCCAAGAUAUGUUCACUGGUGCCACAUCAAACGAGAUUACAGCUUUCUAUCCCUCCUCCCUUGAUGUUUUUCUUUUAAGAUUCUCACCGCAGCUGCUGACUCCAACAGAUCUGUCUCACUUGUUGUCGGCUGCGUCACAGAUUGCAGCAGUGUUUCAGUCCUGCCUUUUUGUUGUUGUUGUUGUUUUUAAUGAUGUUGAGCAUGUGGGAGUGUGUGGGCAGUGCAAUGGCUGAGUCUCGCAGAUGACCUCUUGUGGAUGUGUUUAAAUAUCUCUCUGUUUGUCUUUCUUUAAGUCUCCCUCUCUCCGUCUCUUUUAUAUUUAGUGUGUGUGUGUGUGUGUGUACAGUUACUGUCCUUAAGCCUUGAUCACAGUGAGUGCACCCCAAAUGUAAGUUAUUGCUCUCAUAAAAUAUAAAAUAUCGCCUCCUUUAGAGGCUGUUACUUACGAAAAUUAAACCUUGUUUGCAAAUGCUCCCUAAAGAGCCGACGGGAAAACUUCAGAGGCUUGAUGUAUGUUCUUUCAUUCUACCUUUUUUCCGAAAUUGUGUCCGGAGGGUUAAAGGUUCAGGAAGUGUUGGUCCGAAUCCUAAUCUUGUUUUAUUAGAGUUCCCUCUGGAUGGAAACAUCUGUUCUGGGUAAAGUGAACAAAGGCUCUUUGGGCAGGACUUUUAAUCUCCAUCUGCUCCUGACUCCUCGGGGCCCCGAUGCUCGGUGAGUGUGUAAUUUAUCCUCGGACAAAUGAGAGCGAGGCUUCCCUCCUCAGAUCAGCGUGGAGGAACGGAGUCUUAUCUCUGGCUCGCUGCCGUGCUGUCGGCUAACGAUGACUGACUGACUGACACUGAAAUCUAAAGGUCAUCCGCAGCUUUCUCUGACUUGGUGUUGUUACAACGGAGACAUGAUCAUGUUUGAUAGCUGCUCAUUAGCACAUAAUAAUGCCGACCUUGUUAACGCAACAACAUGUUGAUCCGGCCUUAAAGCAGCACUCUUGGUGUUUUCACACUUUGGUUCUUGUACAGUGUUUCGUUUUUAGGUGUUUGUGAGCUUCAAGUGCUAUAGUGGUUUGAUUUUGUUACCUUUGGAAUGAGCUAGGCUGUUUCCCCUGUUUCUUGUCUUCUGGCUGUAGUUGUACAUCACACAUAUCACAUAAAUGUGAGUGAAGUAACAAUCUUCUCAUCUAACUCUCCACCAGAAUAUGAAUAUGUGUAUCCAUCAAACUCCCUUUUUGUUUCGUGUGAGUCUUGUGAUACUGUUUUUAUAUCAAUAACUGCUGCUAUGGCCUCAUGAUCUGAAUAUUUUGAGUUUCCCAUCUGCAGCCUUUGCAUCUUUUUACAAAUACACUGUCUCCGUUCGUGAAUAAGUGUCUCCACAGGAAGGUCGAGGCAAACAUUACAAGCUGGAGUACGAUUAAUCACGAAGACAGAAAAAUCCCAAGAUGAAGUUUCCCCUCUAACCAGAGACACACAUCCAUUAACAGACGCAUCUCUUCACUCUGUUCUUCGACCUUGGUACCGCAGGUCGCGCUCACCUUCUUACGCCGCAUGUGUCUGAGCUCAGGAUUGAAAUAAGAAAACCGGCCGACUCGUUAAAAGCUCACCUGAAGGCGGGUGAGAGGAGUCACACCGCGGCUUCCUUCGGGAGCUUGAGGCCAUUACCAAUGCAAGCACUUAAGAACAGCAAAACACUCCCACUGAGCCCUUUAUCAACCCUCCCACGCGUUUUUUUCACUCAGAGUUGACGGGAUGUUGUUUAUGCCUUUAAAAUCGGUGCAUGUUUGGGACCAGCAUGCAUUGCGGCUCACCUUGCAUGUUUAAUCAAUUGUCACCGCGAGUGGUUUGAGGCUGGUGAGUGUGGAGGAAACAUCCCGGUGCCAUGCAUUAACCUGCGUCUUCAUUUAUCAUAAUCCUGCGUGCAUUUUAUUAAUCCCGUCCUCCCGCGCUCAUAAAUCAUCACUCUGUCUGAUGACAUAAACAUGGAAAAGGGACCGUGCUGCCGCGUCUUUGCAUUAUCUCAUCAUCGGCGAAGAGAACCGAGGCCUGCCCCGCCACCACCCCGCCCGACUGUAUGAUUGGUUGUUGUAAAUGGCCUCUUGAGCUCUCCAGGGAAAUGGGGCUAUUAGGGGGCUCUUCCUAGAUGGACGCCGUGUUUAACACCCGGCCACAAAUCGAGGCUAUUUUACUGCGGGAAAUAAACGUUGCGGCGGAGGCUCCCUGCGUGUCCCCAGACGUGCAGGCAGUAAACCGUACGGAAAACACAUUAACCUCUGCCGAAAUGAUCAGAUAUUUAUCCAUCAAAAUCUCCCAUCGCACGUGACAGCGCAGACAGAAGUGGGAGAAAAAAAAACUUUGAAAAAAAAGGAAAAAAAAAAACUGCAUCGGCCAGAAUGAUCAACGUUGACAGCGACGCAGCCUUAAUGGCGACGAGAUUAAUGGAGGACACACAAAGCAGCAGCGGUGACGCAUUUUUAAGAGAGGAGAUGAGGCAUCGUUUUUUUUUUUUUCUUUUUUUUUUUUACGGAUGUUGCUCUAUAUUCUCAGCCAGAUACUGCCGGUUGUUUUGGCUAAAGACCGGAUAAAAAUAACCUGAUAAGACUGUGAGAGUGUUGGAAAUGCAGCACAGGGGACAGACAGGUGUCAGGUUUCUGUUUGAAUGGCUGGUUCAAACAAAUGGCUAAAUACAUGUUCUUACUUAUUGUUUUUUUUACGUAUUUUUUUUUGUUGUUACAGUUCACCGGUAACCUUAAUGAGUUACUUUGCAGAUUCAGGUUUAUAAUGCAAAACAUAAUCAACAAAUACAGUACCGUACGUAUUCUCACAGGUUAAGAUAAGGGCCCUGAUGUACCAUCGGUGAGUAUCUGUGGAUCUUUUUGCGCAGCUCUGUUAGCAUGGCUGGCUGGGCUCAUAAGAUCAGCGGUGGAGCCCAUCAGACAUAUGAGCUGGUCGUUGCGGUGUGUUUAAGUGCAGUGAUUUUAUGUUGUUUGAUGGGCCCUGUGGCAUUUUUGAUCCCUAGGGGACAAUUUACAAGCUUUCCAGCAGUCUAUAAAGGAAUCAAAUUAAAAGGCCAACAAGUAUCUGCUGCAAAAUUAAAGGAAAAUGAUGUAAAAAUUGUCACUUUGUGCGAUUUGGCAUCCCCCACUAUUACUGAGCACAACACCACCAUCGUCGUAAAUACAGAUCCCAGGUCUGUAACAACUUGUCAGACCUAAUGAAGGCACUAAUGAUGCAUUUUCCUAAGAGAGCCACUGUUCAUAACAAGUACUUUUAAUCUUGGUAUUUUAGCCUUAAUGUGAUGAUGAUGAUGUGACUUAAACAGAAGAAAAUGAACAGUGGUCGAACACUAUUUUAUCAAGUAAAGGAUCCGAACACUUCUUCCAUCACUGGGAUGUGGUAUUGUUGAAGUGACUGGUCCGUGCGACAUUUUGAUCCAAACAAAUCUGAGAGGAAAUGUGCUGAUUGCUGUUUUUAACGGCCACGCUUUUCACCAGGUGAAAAGCCUGCUUUCAAACACAGUGUCGAAAUGCAGUAAUUGUUCCUUAAUGGGGUUAGCGGUGAGCAUUUUUAAAAAGACAAUUUUUCUGCAUUUUACCCUUUAUUUGACAGUCAGUGUAGUGAGAAGGAGGAACCAUGCAACAGAGGUCCCUGAGGUCCCAGGCCGCCCCACAGCGCGGGGGAUUCGCACGCUGUUGAAGCACUUCGUUUGUGACCCUUUUAGUGGCCGAGUGUUCCUGGAUCACCAGCAAAACACACCUUGGGUAGUUGGAACUCCUAUUCUACGGAAGAAAUCCUCGCUAUGACAUGUUGUUUGGUAUAUUUUCCAAGGCAAGGAUCACACCGUUGUCAGGAAGAUGAAGACUGCUUUAGAUUUCUUUUUUUUUUUCAUGUCACUGUUUCGUUACUAAUAAAAUUCAGUUCAAAACAGCAGAAUGA